CCCCAUCAGUGCCCAUCAGUGCAGCCAGUCAGUGCAGCCUAUCAGUGCACCUAUCAGUGCCACCUCAUCAACGCACAUCACUGCCUUUCAGUGCCAACUAUCAGUGCCAGUAAGUGCCGCCUAUCAGUGCCAGUCAGUGUCGCCUCUCAGUGCUGCCAAUCAGUGCCACUUAUCACUGCCAGUCAGUGCCACCUAUCAGUGCCAGUCAGUGCUGCCUAUCAGUGCCCAUUAGUGUCGCCUAACAGUUCCAAUCAGUGCUGCCUAUCAGUGUCAAUUACU